UUGAGACGUUUCGAUCCACGCACUCACUGACGUUACGUUAGUGUCCUCGCCGGUGCGUCUCCGCGCGCUGCGCACGCGCACUGCAACUGUCCGCGCUCGUGCGGGGCCCGUGACGAUUCAGCGGGAGUGUUAGCUGUGUGUAAUGGCGGCUUCGGUGUUGCUCUCCGCGGAAAGCCCCGUGCCCUCGUUUACCGUCGGCCACCCCGCCGGAGCUGGCGGUCAUCACGGAUUACCCACUGCUCCCGGAGCCGCGUCCUGGAGCCGCUCGCUGGACCGGGCGCUGGAUGAGGCGGCGGCCACCGGAGCCCUCACCCUCAGCGGCAGGAAGCUGAAGGAGUUCCCGCGGAGCGCCGGCGGACACGACCUCACCGACACCACACGCGCCGAUCUAUCACGAAACAGACUGACAGAGCUACCGGUGGACGUGUGCAUGUUUGUGUCACUGGAGAGUUUGAACCUGUACCAGAACUGCCUGCGUUCACUACCAGAGAGUCUGAUAAACCUGCAGUCCCUCACCUACCUAAACAUCAGUCGGAACCAGUUGUCCACUCUCCCCGCUCACGUGUGCCGUCUGCCGCUCAAAGUCCUGAUCGCCUGCAAUAACAAGCUGGUCUCGCUUCCGGAGGAUCUGGGCAAACUCAGACAGCUCACAGAACUGGACGUCAGCUGUAAUGAGAUCCAGACGCUUCCUCCACAGAUCGGUCAGCUGGAAGCUCUGCGCGACCUCAACAUCCGCAGGAACCACCUCGUUCGCCUGCCUCCUGAGUUGGCCGAGCUGCCGUUAGUCCGGCUUGAUUUUUCCUGUAACAAGGUAACGACAAUCCCGGUAUGCUACCGCAAUCUCAGACACCUCCAGAGCAUCAUUAUAGACAACAAUCCUCUCCAGAGCCCACCUGCACAGAUCUGUAUAAAGGGAAAGAUCCAUAUAUUUAAAUAUUUAAACAUGGAGUCGUGCAAAGCAGCAUCAGAGCUUCCAGACUACGACAGAAGACCUCUGCCUUUCGGAUCCUGUGCAGAGGAUUCGUAUUCUGGCCGGCCGUACGGAGCUCUGGACUCUGGCUUUAACAGUGUGGACAGCGGAGACAAAAGGUGGUCUGGAAAUGAGCCUUCAGAUGAGUUGUCAGACUUGUCGUUGAGAGUGGCGGAAAUCACCAGAGAGCAAAGACAGAGACGCGAUCGAGAACGUGAGGAUCAUCGGACGGCGUCUCACGUGACCAAUGGCACAUUGGAAGCAGAGCUCGAACAGAUAGACUUCAUUGACAGCUGCACGGGGGAGGAUGAUGAGGAGGAUGGGCGGAGCCGUAAAGGGGCGGAGCCUGUCAGCCUCACCUCACAGUUUAUGGCCUACAUUGAAAGACGAAUCAGUACAGAGGGUUCACCCGUGAAGACCAGCCUAUCCAGAGACUUCAGAACUGAUGAUCCAAGACGCCAAACCUCCUUACAUAACCGUGGUGGGUCAGAUACAGCGGUCACAUCUUCAUACGCUCAUAAUCAGCGCUCCGCUGGUGCGGCGUCAGGUUCUGGUGCCGGCGUGGAGAGAGUGAGACGGGAAGCUCAGCUGGCGGCUCUGCGGUACGAGGAGGAGAGACAGAAAACAAGAUCAGUGCAAAGAGACGGCGUUAUGAAUUACGUCAAGCACAAGUCGUCUCAGAGCCCUACGAAGCUCAGUCCGACAGACAGUGAGAGUCUGUACCCCUCCAGACGGUCCACUCACACCGAUGACUCCGCCCUCUUCAUGAGUGAGUUUGAGGCUCUACUGAUAUUUGAGAUAGACACAGAUACCAACACUAUAAAGAAGAGGCCUGACCCUCACAAACAGCAAGGGGAAGAUUAUGGCUCGCUGUCUCCCACCGCCCCCCAAACCCCCACGUACCCCAGCCCUGCUGCCCCGUCUCCCCCCCGUGGCCCCGGCCAGAGACCUGAGAGUUAUCUGUUCCGCCUCAGUCAGCGAGAGGAGAAGAAAAAAGGAGAAUCCGGCACACAGAAGGCGGAGCCAGUGGAAGCCACUCCCACACAGAGUCCCGCCCACACGGGAGAGGAGGCAAUACUGAUAGAGCAGCUGAGAAGGAAUAUCGAGUGUCGACUCAAGGUGUCCUUACCCAGUGAUCUUGGGGCAGCUUUGACCGACGGGGUGGUGUUGUGCCAUCUGGCCAACCACGUGUGUCCCCGAUCCAUACCGAGCAUCCAUGUACCCUCACCGGCAGUGCCCAAACUGACGAUGGCCAAGUGUCGACGAAAUGUGGAGAACUUCCUAGAGGCCUGCCGCAGAAUCGGAGUUCCGCAGGAUAGUUUGUGUUCAGCGGGUGACGUCCUGAAAGGGGAGGUGGUUUGUGUGUUUAGGCUGGUUGAGGCCUUGCUCUCUCUGGCACCGCCUCCCUUUCACUCCGCCCCUUCUUCCCAGCUGGCUGGAUUUGCCCUUUUCUACCUGUCAAUCAUGUCGCUGCUAUGUGCUCUCUACUGCCACCUGGUGCCAAGCCUUUAAAUCACACUUCCAUGUUGCUCACUGCACUAAAAUAACCAAUUGUUUGUCUUUGUGGAGAAUUACACAAUAGCUGGCGUUUACGCACACAGAUGUUACGUUUAUAGUGUUUUCUAGUGCGCACAAUCAAUGCUUCGCUAAGCUCCGCCCCCUCUGUGUAAAGUUAGACAGGCUUAAUAAAAUAACAUUCAUGCAAAUUUAAUACUUGGACUGGAAAGAAUUGUGAUGAAAGAAUGUGCUGUUUCUUUAAAUGAAAUUAUUUGCACUACUGUUCCGUUUGAAGCCAGGAAGAUUUUUUAUAUUUUGGGAAGAAGUUUCUUCUGCUCACCGAGGCUGCAUUUGUUUGACCAGAAAUACAGUAAAAAUAGUGAAAUAUUAUU